CAUUUACGGCGUAAAAUUUAUGGCGUGCAUUAUUGCACGCCAUAAUUUUUACUCUUUUACGGCGUGCAUAUUUUACGUGCCGUAAAUAACCUUUCUCGUUUAGUCUUUUACGGCGUGCUUUAUAGGAGCGCCGUUAAAGUGUUUAUCAAUUAGUCUUUUAUGGCCCGCGGAAGGCGCACGCCAUAAUUGUAUCAUGCUUUUACGGCACACAUAUUGUGCAUGCCGUAAAAAUAGCUAUCAAAAAAGUCAUUUACGGCUCGCACAAGAAGCAUGCCGUAAAAAAGGAUUCUUAAGGCGCGAAAUUUUCCCUAAAAAUUCUGACUUCCCUCUCAAUUUUCUCUUUCCUCAUUUCUCGACUUUCCCAAAAUUUUCUUUCUUUCCUCAGUUUUCUCUUCUAAGAAAGCCUUACCCAGUUCGCAGAGCCUCAAACCUCUUCUAAUCACUUACCUAAUGGCAAAAAUCUCAAACAUCGUCUAAUCACCCAGUUCUCAAGCUGCUGCAAAAAUCUGAACUCUUCCCCGAGUUCUGCUCUUGGGCAACCAGUUAGAUUUCGUGACCUGUGCCGUUGUGUGUUUGGUCGAGGACAAAGAUGGGUGUCUUAGAUUGUGAUUUCUAAUCAUAUAUUCAGGUAUGGCCAUGUGAUAUUGUGGAUUCAUAUAGAUUUUGGUAUAUUUGCUUGGGUUUUUAUAUCAAAAUUGAACUGGGUGUGUCUAAAGUGUUGGAUUUAUAGUUGGGUAUUUCGUAAUCUAAGAUAGGUGUUUGAUUGAUUUGUAAAAUCUGAAACUUUUGGUUUGAUUGAUCAGUGUAUUGAAUUAGUUUCUGAGUUCAUUUGGUCGUUGGAAUUGGAUUUGCUUUGAAAAAUUAUGGGGAGAGAGAGAGGCCUAUGGAUUUUGAAAAUGGGGGAAGACCCAUUUGUGAAAAAGUGCUUUCUCAUUCGUAGAAGUUAGGCAAUGUAUAAAGGGACAUUGCUUUAUCUGCUAAGUGAUGGCAAUGCUUGUGAAACCUUGAACCUUUUUCAAAUUUACUCUGAGGCCUUUUCUUCUUUCUUAUGAUGUGUGUUGAUGGUUGGUACGUGUUCUGUGAUGUUUUUGAGAUGUGGGUAUAAAGGACUAUGGUUGUUGAGCAACUUAGGGGUUUUGGUCAAGGGGUUUUGAGUUGAGGCAGAGACUGGUGUUGAUUAUUGCUCCACUUUUUAAAAAGAAGCAAUGGUCAAUUAUUAAUAUGGGCAACUAUAUAUAACGAAAGGAAAAGGCUAAAGUGGGUGAAUUAGUACCUCUACACCAUCUUCAAGAACAAAAGCCAUACCAUAUCUAAGGAUAGAUGUAUUACCAUCAUACAGAUCUGCAGAUUGUUGUCAAAUAAAACAGCUACAUUUCUUCAACCCUUGGAGAUAUCAACAUUGACAGUUCAGUACUAGCUAGAGUUGGUAGCAGAGCAGCUUUGUAUGCAAUGAAGUAUUAAAUGAUCUGCUUUUCGUGAAAUGCAUUUAGCAUUAGAACGUAGCCCAAGGAAAACGAAGGUGAAACAAAAUGGAUACAGAAUGGGCACACUGUAAAAACAGCAAUCCUAGGGCCUUUUAUGAUGGAGCGCGAAAGUUUGUUACUAGUAUUCAUGCAAGUAAGGGGUACCCGAAGAGGAUCCAAUGCCCUUGUAGUGGCUGUAUAAAUAUCUGGUCCCAUCCACCUAAUGAAGUUUUAGAUCACUUGGUCUCAAAUGGGUUAUAUGAAAGUUAUAGUAACUGUACUUUUCAUAGGGAUGAGCCGAACACUUCUGUACAACAAGAAAUGGUGAAUAACAUGGAGAAUUUAGAGACAUAUAGAAUGUACAGAGAUGCAUAUUUAGAUGAUGAAUUUAUGGAACCUGCCCCUGAACCAAUAGAGCCUAAUGUUGCAAAUUUAGUUUCCGAAGCAGAACUUCCUUUAUACACAGGUUGUCCUUCCUCAAAGAUGUCAGCAACAGUAAUGUUUUACAAGUUUAAGGCAAGGAAUAGUUUAUCUGAUAGUGGCUACGAUGAACUUCUAGAGAUGGUUCGUAGUCUUCUACCUCCAGAUAACAUACUUCCUAGUUCUCUAUAUUCAACAAAAAAAUUACUCAAAGCAUUUGAUCUAGGGUAUGAGAAGAUUCAUGCUUGUGUUAAUGAUUGUUGUUUAUUUAGAAAGAGUCUAGAGCACACAGAGACUUGUCCUAAAUGUGGUGCCUCUCGGUGGAAAGUAAAUAAGCGCACCCAAAAGAUUGAGAAAGGAGUCCCUGCAAAGGUCUUGAGAUAUUUUCCUAUAAUCCCUAGAUUUAGAAGAAUGUUUAAGGAUUCUGAAAAGGCAGAACAGCUUACAUGGCACCACACUCAUAAAAGUCAAGAUGGCAAGAUGCGUCAUCCAGUUGACUCACUUGCAUGGAAGAAGAUUGAUAGCAAGUGGCCUUCAUUUGCAGAAGAUCCUCGUAAUCUUAGACUUGGUCUUUCAUCCGACGGAUUUAAUCCGUUUGGUGAUCUUAGUUCCCGAUAUAGUUGUUGGCCUGUGAUCUUGGUUGCAUAUAACCUCCCUCCAUCCUUAUGCAUGUCCAAGGAACAUUUAAUGUUGACAUUACUAAUCCCCGGUCCUAAGCAACCGGGAAAUGACAUUGAUGUGUACUUGGAACCCCUUAUCGAAGAUUUAAAAGAGUUAUGGGUCAAUGGGGUUACUGCAUAUGAUGCAUUCACCAAGUCUACCUUCAACUUGAAAGCUAUAAUGAUGUGGACAAUAAACGAUUUUCCUGCUUAUGGGAAUUUGUCAGGAUAUUCCACAAAGGGAAAGAAAGCGUGUCCAGUAUGUGGUGUUCAAACAUCCUCUCAAUGGCUGCCAAAUGGAAGAAAGCAUGCAUAUAUGUGCCAUAGGAGAUUUCUUGCACAUGAUCAUCCAUAUCGGCAUAACAAAACUUGGUUUAAUGGAACUGAGGAACAUAGAGUGAGGCCUAGAAAGCUAACUGGUUCAGAGGUAUUUCAAGUGGUGAAGAAUAUUAACAAUAAUUGGGGUAAGGAGGCUAAGUGUUGCACAAGAAAAAAGAAAAAAAAGGUUGGCAGCAGUAACAAUAGAAAAAGGAGAAGAACUGAAGGUAUAAAAAGUUCAGUCAAUCAAAUGGAGGAUGAUUCCUACGAUAAUUCAGAUGAUGAUGGUGAUGAUGACAGUGAGGAUCCUUUAAAGCCUUCGAAGAGAUGGAAGAAGAAAUCAAUGUUUUUUGAGUUACCAUAUUGGGAGACUUUGUUAUUGCGACACAAUUUAGAUGUGAUGCACAUUGAAAAAAAUAUAUGUGAGAGCAUCAUUGGCACUUUACUCAACAUGAAGGGAAAGACAAAGGAUAACUUGAAUUGUCGGAAAGAUUUAAAAGUGAUGGGUAUUAAAAAGAAAUUGCACCCAAAAGAAAAUGGUUCCAGCAACUCUAAAAGUGAUGCAGCACCUUACGUGCUUUCAAAGAAGGAGAAGAAGAUAUUUUGUAAGAGGUUAGCCAAGUUAAGAUUGCCAGAUGGGUAUUGUUCCAAUCUUGCAAAUCGUGUCUCUUUACAAGACAACAAGAUCAUGGGUUUGAAGUCACACGAUUGCCACGUUUUGAUACAACAGAUUCUUGCAGUAGCUUUAAAAGGACUUCUGCCUAAAGGACCAAGAAUUGCAAUUUUUCGCAUGUGUUCUUUUUUCCAUCAGUUGUGUCAGAGAGAGAUUGAGAAGAAAACUAUAGGUGUUCUUGAUGAAGAAAUUGCAGAAACUAUGUGUAUGUUUGAAAGGUUUUUUCCUCCCUCCUUCUUUGACAUUAUGGUUCACCUACCGAUUCACCUUGCACAAGAAGCUCUAAUUGGUGGCCCUGUACAUUAUCGUUGGAUGUACCCCUUCGAAAGGUUUAUGAAGGACCUAAAAGGAUAUGUCAAAAAUCGAUCAAACCCUGAAGGAUGCAUUGCAGAAAAGUAUUUGGCUGAAGAGAUGACACGUUUUUGUAGUGGAUACAUUAAAGGAGCAGCUGAAAUAGGUGUUCAAACUAGACGCAAUGAGGAUUUUGAGCAUGAAACAAUACUAGAAGGGCAACCACUUGGUGAGGGGAAGAUAAAAGUGUUCAGUUCUUCCAUGCUAGAGAUUGCUCAUCGAUUUGUGUGGACAAAUAGUUCAGAAGUUGAUCCAUGGAGAGAACUACACAGGGAAGAACUAAAGUGUUCUGAUACACGUCUUGAACAAGAUGAAAACCUUCUUGAACAGAGACAUCUUAGUACUUUUAGUGGAUGGUUAGCUGAUAAGGUUAAAUUUGGUGAUUCUAGAGAUAUGUCAGAAACGGUGAAAUGGAUUUCUUAUCGGCCAAAAGCAGAUGUGGUAUCACAUACAGGCUUCAUUAUCAAUGGAAAUCGAUUUCAGACUGAGGACAGUGAGAAAAGUACACAAAAUAGUGGUGUUUUUGUUGAAGCAGACACUAUGUGUCGAGCAAGUGCAAAGGAUAAUUUACAAAAGAUGGAUAGAGUCUCCUACUAUGGUGUUAUAAGAGAUAUAGUUCUACUAGACUAUCGUCAAUUUCAGGUCCCCUUAUUUGAUUGUUAUUGGGCUAACAUAGGGACCGGUAUCAAAUUGGAAGAUGGUUUUACAUUAGUGAACUUCCACAAGGGGCAGCAUCAAUUUGAUAGAGAUCCAUUUAUUUUUGCUUCCCAAGCGAAACAGGUUUGUUAUUCAAGAGAGAGUGACACAUCGAAUUGGCAUGUUGUACUCAGAGCACCGCCAAGAGGCUUUUUUGAGAAUGAUAGUGUUGAUGAAAGUGCUUACAUGCCAGUAGAUGUAUCACAGCUAGACCUUGACGUUGAGGAUGAAGAAUGUGAUAGAUAUAAUAAUGAGGAAAUCAAUUCGAGUGACGGUGACUGAAUAACUCAAAUUUCACUGAAGCAUUGAUAUAAUCUAUCAGCACAGCAAUCUAAGGAACAUAUUCAGCUGAUCCUAUAAAGUAUGGAUGGAGGAGAGACUUCAAAACAAGGUGGAAAGAGAGCCAAAAAGCAGGAAAAAGCUGCAAGAGCAGCUGCUGUUGUUGCAGGCAGGGAAGAAAGGAAUGAAUCUUUGAGAAU